UAUAUACCUAGGGGAAAAGCUACCGCGGCUACAGCCAGGUCGACACGCCGACCAAUUCCCAGUUUGUCGCGCGUGGUCCGACCUGUCGCACCGCUCUCUUCCGAGACGAGAUCUAAAUAAGCCGAGCUGUGCUGUGAUCCAGAAUCAAGCAGAUUGAGUAUAUACCGGGAUAAAUCGAUUUUAUAUCAGAAAUGACAAUGCGGUGCCGGGCGUCAAUCAUCGUAAUCGCGCUUCUGAUCGUUCUGUUGGACGGCGCGAUCGGCAAACUGCGAGUCGUCUACCGCUGGAAACAAAUCGACUACGACUGGCCGAGUAACGACACCAAGAGAGUAUUCCCGGAUUACAAGCAAGAGGACAACCUGCCCUUGGGUCUGGAAGUGGCCGGCGACCGGAUUUUCAUCACCGUGCCGAGGUGGAAACAGGGAAUCGCCGCUAGUCUCAAUUACAUUAGACUCAAUGACACUCGCGAAUCGCCACCCCUCAUCCCUUAUCCGUCCUGGGAGGCCCAUCAAUACGGCGCCGCCGGCGUGCCAGAGAUCGUAUCGACGUUUCGUGUACGCGCCGAUCGUUGCAAUCGGCUGUGGGUCCUGGACACGGGCCUGACGGACAUCAUGGGCAACCCCGAGCAGCAGGCGCCGCCGGCGCUGAUCGUCUACGACCUGACGACCGAUCGCGUGCUGCGCAAACACGUGAUACCAGCGGAUCAGCGAACCGCUGAUUCUCUAUUCGCCAAUAUCGCCGUCGAGGAUUACUCGUGCGAGGAUUCGUAUGGCUACCUGGGCGACCUGGGCGGACCGGGACUCGUCGUGUACUCCUGGAGCCUCCAUUCCUCCUGGCUCGUCAAGCACCACUCCUUCCAUCCGGAUCCGAUGGGCGGAGAAUUCAAGGUGUCGGGAAUACCGUUCCAAUGGAACGAUGGCCUGUUCGGAAUGGCUCUUGCACCGACAGGUGACGGCUACAGCACCAUGUACUAUCAUCCACUUUCCAGCGGGAUGGAAUUUUCCGUUACUACGAGAUUACUACGUGAUCCUCAGCGCGUUAGUGCUGCGGAAACGUCUCACGAAUUCCAAACAUUGGGUUCGCGUGGUCCCAACGGCCAGAGCAGUGUCAGCUUCCUGGAUCGGAAAACCGGAAUUCUCUUCUACGCACUUACAAAUCUGAACACCAUCGCCUGCUGGAGACCGCAGAAUAAAUUCACUACGCAACAGCAGGGUUACGUAUAUCAGGACAAUGUGACCAUGAUUUUCCCCAACGAUCUCAAGAUCGACCGGAAUGGCAAUUUGUGGGUUCUCUCAGACAGAUUGCCCGUCUUCAUGUACUCACAAUUGGACCCGCAAGACUAUAACUUUAGGGUACUCACGGGAUCAACCGAAGAACUUAUCAUGGGUACGGUUUGCGCGUCGAUGUCGUCUUCGACUUAUUCCACGACAAUAAUGCAUGAUCACAGGGAUCACAUGGAUCACAUGGAUCACAAAGAUCAUAUGAUGAGUACGACGCCUAGAAUCGAUGGGAGAUUCAAAAACUCUGCCAAUUUCAUGAAGAUUAAGCCAAGCAUCCUCGUGACGACGAUUUUGCUGACAUUUUUAAUCGAAGCUUUCAUUUGAGAAACGGCAAAUUUGAACGGAGAAUUUGAAGAAUUUGAAAAGUAAAAACAAAAUAGAAAUAUCAAUAGAAAGACAUGACUAGAAAGAGAGAGAAAGAAAAAAAGAAAGAUAUUGAAUUUUCAAACUAAUAUUUUUGCGUUUUAAUAAUUAACGUCGUAAUUUCAAAUAACUUCAAGCAAAGUAAUCGAGAAACGUAAUCAAGUAACGUAAUCGAGAAACAAUCAAAUAAAAUUUUAUCAAGAACUUGUUACACACAUAAAGGUAAAUAUUUAA